CAACUCCACCUCCAAGAUUUCGACACAUUAGCAUUCAUUCGCCUAUAAAAACCACAGCCCACUAUCCAUUCAAAUUGCACAAAUAACACUGUUAUUUUUCCACUCUCUAAAAUUUCAAUCAACCUUCUUUAGCAUUCCAUAUUUUCUUUGUCCUUAAUUCAUCAUCAUGGCUGAAGAGAAGCACCACCAUUUCUUCCACCACCACAAGAAGGAUGAAGAUCAAGAUCGGCCCGGCUACGGUGGUGAUGCACCCUAUGACUCCACCACCGGUGGUGGCUAUAACCAGUAUUCUAGUGAUACCACUGAUACUGGAUACAACAAGUACUCCGGCGACACCACCACCGGUGGUGGCUAUAACCAGUAUUCUAGUGAUACGACUGACACUGGAUACAACAAGUACUCUGGUGACACCACCACUGGUGGUGGCUACAACGAGUACUCCUCCGGCGGUGAUGCCGGAUAUGGAAACAAGUACUCUGGUGAUAAGACCACCACGGGUGCCGCCUAUGGUGGUGGUGCUGGCUAUGGUAGUGGCUAUGGUGGUGAUGAAUCUGAAAAGCCUGAUUAUGAGAAAGAAAAGAAGCACCACAAAAAUCUUGAGCACCUUGGUGAAGCUGGUGCUCUUGCUGCUGGUGCCUAUGCCUUGUAUGAGAAGCAUGAGGCAAAGAAAGACCCCGAGCAUGCUCACAGGCACAAGAUAGGAGAAGAGAUUGGAGCGGUAGCCGCACUUGGAGCUGGUGGAUUUGCAUUCCAUGAGCAUCACGAGAAGAAGGAAGCUAAAGAAGAAGAGGAAGAGGCCGAGGGGAAAAAGAAGCAUCACUUUUUCUAAUUCCCGUGAUCACACACACAUAUAUAUAUGUACCUUUAAUUUGUGUAAUCUUCUCGUGAGGUUUCCUUUGCUUUGCAGUUGGCAACUGCCUAAAUAAUCUCGUGUGUGUAAGACUUUCGAGUUUGCUCCAUCCUUGUUGUGUACCUUGAAUAUGUGACUGGUGCUGCAAUUUAUUAUGCGCACUAUUGUCAAUAACAUAGUAGCCUGUUUUUGGGACUUUGAAACUAUAUCAUAGUUUGUUGCUUGUGUA